AUGUCAAAAGCGGCAUGUCGCGCUCUUCUGGGCGCGGCGAGGCGUCAAACAGCCGUCAACGCGGCCCCAGAAUGUGUGAAGUGCCAACUUGACCUCACCAUCGGCCACCAGACGAGGGCAUCGUCGUCCAACUCGCGGUGGAAGAUGAGGCAGGGCAAGGACAUGUUUGCGCGCGAGGCCAAGGUGCAGGGGCUCAAAAGCCGCGCUGCGUUCAAGCUUCUCGAGAUGGACGCCAAGUACAGAAUUUUCCGCAAGGGACAGACGGUCGUGGACCUGCACGAAGUACUGAAGGUUGAGCUGUACGAAGGGAUACGCUCCGGGAAGUUGGUGGCCGCCGAACGGACGAAGCCCAACGGCCGGAUCCUAGGCAUCGACAUCAUCCCCGCGCAGCCGCCCAAGGGCGUCUCGACGAUCCAGGGCAACUUCCUCUCGCCCGACGUUCAGGACAUGGUCAAGGAGCACCUCUCCAGGGCCAAGAGCCGGAGGCCGAGCCCGCCGCCGCUGUCAGAGGACGAGCAGGACGACGAAUCCUCCGCCGAAGAUGACGGUGAGGCUUCUGCGAUGAUGGAGGACACGCCAAGCUACAUCGACAUGGAGAGGGCAGCAUCGUCCGAGGCCGCGGCCACGGAGGCGCCUCCAAGCGCCAUGGACAUGGCGGAAACCAAGAAGGGGCGGUUGGUGGAUAUUGUGUUGAGUGACAUGUCAGCACCUUGGGACCAAACAUCCGGCUUCGGCGUGAACAGUCUUAGUAAUCCCUAUCAUAGGAUGAUGAACACGAGCGGAGUGGCGUUUCGAGACCACGCUGGGAGCAUGGACCUCUGCGGCGCCGCGCUCCAGUUCGCCAACGACACGCUCAAGAACGGCGGGCACUUUGUCUGCAAGUUCUACCAGGGCUCCGAGGACAAGGCCUUUGAGAAAAAGCUCAAGGUCCUCUUCGCCAAGGUCUUUCGGGAGAAGCCCGAGUCGUCGCGCAGUGACUCGAAAGAGGCGUACUUUGUGGCGCUCAGGAGGAGAGGAAACGUACAGUUGGGCAAGGACGAAGACUUGUAA